AUGGCUCAUAUCACUGCCCAAAUUAACGUUGCGGAAUAUGUCUUCCACAGACUGCGGCAAUUGGGUGUGUGUAGUAUAUAUGGCGUGCCUGGUGACUUUAACUUGGUUGCGUUGGACUAUGUUAGACCUUCUGGGCUUCACUGGGUGGGGUGCUCCAAUGAACUCAGUGCUGGGUAUGCUGCGGAUGGUUACGCGAGAGUCAAAGGGUUAGCAGCGCUGAUGACAACGAGCGGAGUUGGGGAGCUAUCAGCACUUAAUGCCAUCGCAGGAGCAUAUGCAGAGAAAGUUCCUCUCGUUCAUAUUGUCGGUACACCACCAACAUAUCUACAGGAUCAAAAUGCAAUUCUGCAUCACUCCUUGGGUGACGGCAACUCUCGACUUUAUGCAUCCAUCUACAGAAGCUUUACGUGUGCUCAAGCGAAUUUAACGCUUGCUUCCCAUGCACCAGUCUUGAUUGACGAGACGUUGCGUCAAUGUUUGCUACACAGCAGGCCUGUCUACAUCGAAAUACCUGCUAAUAUGGCGAAAGUAAUUAUAUCUGCAUCGCGACUUGAGGAAGGUAUCGAUACCUCGUUGCCUCCGAAUGAAGGCUCAGAAGUGGAGCAAACUGUGGUGAAAGAAUUGCUCAAAUCACUGUACUCAGCGUCACAGCCUCUCAUCAUACUCGAUGGCUGGGUGUCACGAUACGGUUUGGAACAAGAAGCAGACGAUAUUGUGCACCUGACAGGGUUCCCAGUCGUUACUACUCCAUUCGGGAAAGGGACAGCGAAUGAAACUUAUCCAAAUUUUUGCGGCGUAUAUACAGGCGCCGCUGGAAACUCGGACUUCGUGCGGUGGGUUAAGAGUCGUGACCUAGUAAUACGGUUUGCUCCGAUGAAUGCUGAUACCAACACCUUCGGAUUCACUGCGCUUACAAGCGAAGCCAUCACUAUUGAGCUACACAAAUUCACGAUCAAUAUUCGAGGAGAAAAUUACUUGAAUAUGAAUACCAAAUCCAUUCUCCGCAAGAUCAUUUCUGAGCUAGAUCUGUCUCUAUUUGCGUACGAUGGAUCAUGCAUUGAGCCAAGACGUUUGAAUAUGGCAGGAGCUUUGGAUUCCCCGCGCCCUGAAGCAUCUAUCACGCAAGACAUAUUCUGGCGCUAUGUUUCGCAGUUUUUCCACUCCGACGAUAUUAUUCUAACGGAAACCGGUACGCCAUAUGCCGGUGGCUGUGACUUUGUCCUUCCGCCCAAUACCAAAAUCAUCAACUCUGCACUCUGGCUAUCCAUCGGGUACACAUUAGGGGCAUCCUGCGGCGCAGCCCUUGCACAACGGGAGAUGGUUGAGCAAGGUCUUCGAAACGAAGGGAGAACAAUCCUGUUCGAAGGGGAUGGUAGCUUUCAGAUGACAGCUCAAGUACUUAGUGACAUCAUACGCAAUCGCCUUGACUUAAUCAUUUUUCUUAUUAACAAUGAUGGGUAUACAAUUGAAAGGUAUAUUCAUGGCAUGGAAGCAUACUACAAUGAUAUACAGCCUUGGCGCUAUCUGGAGUCUCCGUGGUAUUUCGGUGCAAGGAAAGAUGACUCAGAAUACCCAGUAUUUACCAAGCAGGUGAGAACAUGGGCUGAUCUUGAAAGGGUUUUACAAAGCGAGCACAUUAUACGUGGCAGGGGCUUGUCCAUGAUUGAAGUCAUCUUAGAAAAACAUGAUGCACAUCCACUACUAAAGAGACAGAUGAAAAUCGCCAAAGAUCAGAAUGGAAACAGUUAG